UACAUGGAACUAGAAUUCCAUGUAUGCACAAAUACAUGUCUAAGAAAUAAGAAUUCCCUGCACUCUUUCCAAGAACCAUGACUUGGGCUAGAGCUGAAAGAAAUUGCUUGUCCAUGGGGGCAAAUCUUGCAUCAGUGCGCAGCAGCAGUGAGUACCAGGUGGUUCAGAGUCUGACUGGCCGUCAUGGCUACCCCGAAACUUGGAUUGGAGGAACUGAUGCACCCCAGGAAGGUAUUUGGUUGUGGAGUGAUGGGACCAGUUUUCACUUUUCAGCCUGGUGCAGAGGAGAGCCCAAUAAUCUUGGCAAUCAGCACUGUAUUCAGAUGAAUUUUGAAGGUUCCAAGUGCUGGGAUGAUUUGCAGUGUGAUGAACAUCUGCCAUCUGUCUGCGCCAAGAAAGUCUAAUGUUUCUUGGACUGACACUGAUGUAUGAAAUUCCCAUAAAACACACACUGAUGUAUGAUGGUGUUUGUGUUUCGCUAGCUCUUACUUUAUUUCUUUUUGCAGCAUUAUAUUUUUCCUCUCUAUAGCACCCAAACAAAAUGAUCAAUCAACACAAGUUGGGCUGUCAUUAAGGCCUUGUGACUUUAGUGGGAGCAGACUUGUUACCAAAGGAUUGAUUUUACAUUUUUCUUCUGCAAAGAAAACUGUUCUCUUCUUUCUUUAACAUUAAAGCAUCAAGCAAGCAUUAAAGCUUCAAACAAGCAUA